UAUGUAUAAUAUGAACCGAGUAAUAUCUUCAAAGCAGGAUACAACUGCACGUCAAGUGUCUAUUCAGGCAGCUUUAAAUUUUCUUGAAAUACAAAAGACUAGUUCAAGUUCACCUUUAAGUAUUCGUAGAGUUGCUCUUAAUCAUGGUAAUGCUGAACAAACACUGUGUGAUGCUGUAGCUAAAGCUCAGCUUGAGCAUGAAAAUAAAAUAUUAUAUAAACAUGUUCAAAGAUUAGAGCAUCCUGGAACAGUAUCUUUGGCUUCGAUUAUGAAUUAUCCAUUUCCACAACAAUGUUCAAUUGAGAAAAAAUCUCAAACCCGACCCAAAACCUUCAAGUUUAGACCUCUUAUAACUGCAGAAUUAAUUGUGAAAGAAUUGGAAGAUAGAGAAAACACGAAGCAAAAAAAAUUGAAGAUACAAGGUUAA